AUGUCUUCCACCAACGGCCAAAUCUCACCUCUUCGACCUAUUACCCGGCACAUCACCGGCCAUAAUGAUGCUGGCAGAGCCGUGAUCCAUUCCUCAGGCCCUGCCGAGUGGGAGUCGCACGAGGCGGCCGGCAUGGCUUUCAACGUGGUCUACACCAGUCAAUUCCCCGCGGACCUCAACAACGAGGCCGACGUCAAGAAGCACGAGCAAACCACGGCAGAGCCAAUGGGUCUGGUCAACCCCGGCGGAACCGUAUGCCGUAUCGUCGACUUUGCGCCAAACAACCACGCCGUGGUUCACCGCACACAGAGUCUUGACUACGGUGUUGUCCUUGAGGGCGAGGUUGAGAUGAUUCUCGAAGACAGCGACCCCGUAAUUUUGAAGCGAGGAGAUGUCGCCGUCCAGCGGGCUACGAUGCAUGGAUGGCGCAACCCCAGUGAGACCGAAUGGACCCGCAUGCUGUUUGUGUUGCAGGAUUGCCAGAAGCUAGAGGUCAAUGGGAAGCAAUUGGGAGAGGACCUUGGACCGGUUGCGGGGGUUCUCAAGCCCAGUGGAAAUUGA